UUUUUUGAUCAAUUAAACUUUACCUUCCGUGUAACGCCGACUUUGUGAUCUCCUACACGUCGCCGUUAUUCCACACGUGUGCCAACGUUUCAUACAAAGAAUCUCCACAUAAAUACAUGACGUGUAUGUAUAAGUAACUGUACCUAUAUACUUAACAUGAAUACAUAUCUCGCAUAAUCUUCAACUGCCGUAACGGAAUUCUUAAAAACAAUAAUGGAAUCUGUCGGAUCCAAUCAAAUAUCUCCGUUCGUCAGUAACCGUGACCAACGGCAUUUCUUUGCUCAACCGGUUGCAGAUAGGAUACUUCGAGCUCUCCGUCACCGGAUCCGUCUUCUCCACCGUCCAAAUGCCGGAACUUUUCACGUUCUCGGUGCAACGUGUAACGUCUACACCGUGACGCUAAUGGCCACACCUACUUGCACUUGUCCCGACCGUAAGAAGCCGUGCAAACACAUCUUGUUUGUCUUAAUUCGAGUUCUUGGAAUUCCUCUCGACGACAAGUGUCUCAGGCAACGGAGACUCCGGCCAUGUCUACUCUUCCGUCUCUUCUCUGCCCCGACACGGCCUGACUGCCUCGCCAGUUUCCGCCUCCAGCAACGGUUUCUUCAGCUUUUCUCAGCCGCCACUUCUCAACCCGGCUAUACUACUAAUGCAUCCUCCACCAGUAAAAUGGAAAAUGAGGCGGACGAAGAGCCGGCAACAUGUCCAAUAUGUCUAGACGAUAUUGACGCCACAAAAAACGUAAACGGUGAAAAUGGUGGAGGUGAGGAGAAGGAAAUCGUGGUGGUGAAGUGCAGAGUCUGCAAGAACAAGGUUCAUGAAGAAUGCAUGCUGGCGUGGAGGAGGAGUCGUGGACGGCGGCCGGGCAUCUGCGUGGUAUGUCGUGCACGGUGGCCAGCCAAUAGAUCUAGUAAAAAUCCUAAUGUUGGUGGUAAUUACGAGAACUGCCAUGGUAAUUGUUACUUGAAUCUAGCUCCUUACGUUGAUGAGGAAGUGGAGGAUGGGGUUGGCACGAGCCAACGGCCAUGUUGAGGAAGUUAAAGGAUUUAGUGUUAUGUGAUUGUUUAAUUGUUAAUACUAGUAUAAUUGUAAACAAGAUGAUGUACAUUUAACAACAACAAUAUUAAAUUAACAAAACAAAAAAAAAAACCGAUGAUGCCGAGGAUUUAAUUUCUCUUAGGGAAACACAGAAAUUCGCAACUUCCGAUGCUUGGAUCAUGUGGCGGAGGAGACUGCGGGACGCAAACGCUGACACUGAAAUUAUAUACAUCAAACUUCGAAUUUGUAUAUUAUACAUUCAUUGUUUUGAGAGCUCUCUAAACAAUUUCUUGGAUUGUACGUGUAAGUUACCACGUUCAUGAAAUAUACAGUACUAAUCA